UGUAAGCGAUCUGGAGGGGGCUGAGGAAUCUGAAUGUGCGAGGGCGCAUCGCCAAAUUUAAACGCGGCUGAGAAAGUGCCGAGUCGAGCGGCAGUGAUCCCCUCCCUCGGACCCUACACAAUGUUCCGUGAGAUCGAGGAAGAUCCGUUCUUCUCGGAACCUUUCCGUUUUCACCAUGAACACUUGCGUAAGAUGAUGGGCAAUGUCCCAAAUUUUAUCGGACAAGACUUCGUACCAAAUUCCCAACGGGGAUCCUCAAGCCAUCCAGCAACAAGGAAUGAGGCUUCUUCCUGGACAGAUCCUUUCGACAGGAUGAGUACCAUGAUGGAACAAAUCAGAAAAGAAAUGUUCGACAUGCAAAACACAAGUGGAAUCCAACCUUCAAACCGCAUUGGUCACUCUCUGAACAGCUCCAGUGUGAUGACUUAUGCAAAAGUGGGGAAUGAACCUCCCAAAAUAUUCCAGGCUACCAAUCAUGUGCACCAAGUUCCUGGUGGAAUCAAAGAGACAAGACGAGCAGUAAAAGACUCUGAAAGUGGAAUUGAAAAGAUGUCAAUUGGUCAUCACAUUCAAGACCGUGCUCAUGUAAUUCAAAAAUCCAGAAACCAGAGAACAGGCUAUGAAGAAAUUGAUCAGCAAUUUAUCAACCUAAAUGAAAUUGACGCAGCAAAUUUUGACCAAGAAUGGCUGAAUAAGGUGUCAAAGUAUAUGCCUUCUGGAACUUGUCCCUCUAGCAUUCAUGAUGCAGGAAAAACCAAGGAAGGGCAAAGCACAACAUGUGCCAAAGGACCGACUGCUCCACUCCCUGUUACUCCCUCUGGUGGUUGUGGCUGUCCUGCUAAGAAUUCUCCUCAACGAAACUUUAAUGGACAGCAUAUGAUGAAACAUGGAAGAAAAUGAACCUCACACUGAAACUACGUGGCUCUUCAUUAUGUGACUUGGGCCAUUUUUUGUUUGUUUGCUAUUACUAAGGCUGUGCUUUUUGAGUUGUGGUUUCGUUCCCGUAGAAUACUUCAGUUCAUUUUUAGCUUUUGGCUAAACCUGCACAACCAGCACUUAUUUUUUUUUUUGUCAUCAGUAGUGUGCAACAAAUAAAGGGAAUGCAUUUUAUGGAAGUUUAUAGUCAAUAUCUAUUUACUCAAAAUUGACACUCAAUAUAGAAAUACAGGUGAAGAUUUUGAUUUAAUUUAAUAAUAUUGAAUCAAAAUACUGGGCUUAAUUUUCAUUGGUGAUGUACAACAAGUGGGCACUGAUAGGGUAAUUACUAAUUCUACUUGAUGACAUUGGUGGGAGGUACAAUGUUUUGGGGGUAUGUAGCCUGAUUUACGUCAGUCAAGAAUUUAAGUGACUCAACUUUAAAAAUAUUUAACAACGCUGCCUUCACUCCUCUCUGGAAUAGAGAAUUCCACAGACUAACAACCGUCUGUGAGGAAAAAAAUCUCAUCGCCAUCUUAAUUCGAAGAACUCUUAGUUUUAAAUUGCGCCCUGAUCCUAGCCCUAGCCCCUCCCAUAAGGGGAAGCUUCUUUUCAGCAUUUGCCCUGUCAGGUCACUUCAGGAUAUUGCAUGUUUUAAGAUGAUGACUUUUCAUUCUUCUACAUGCCCAACCAACCCAACUGGAUUCCCACCCAAAGCGAAGCUAAUUGGUAGCCUUGUCUUCUUGUCAGGUGAGGAGCCUGCAGUGGGAGCCACAGGUAGACUUCCUGUUCGGGGGCAUAGUUUCUCAG